GUGUGGCCGCAGUGCCAGGCUGUGCAGGAUGUGGUGAAGGCGCUGUCUCUGUUUGACAGCACAGGAAGAAUCUCUGCUACAGUCAUGGAGGCCAGUAUUUUCCGGAGGCCAUACUUCCUGACGCGAUUCCUCCCUGCCCUGCUGACACAGAGGACGCUUCCUGUCAAUGCCGAUGCUCGCAUGAGUUUCAUAGGGGCUCUGAAAAAGGCAGAUAAGAUCCCUGCUGCUCAGUACUCCUACUAUGUGGAGUCCUGCCAGAGACACAGGCAGCAGGAGGGAAGUGCGGUGUGUGUGGACACUAAUGAUGAUCCUCUGCAGGUGCUGAAGGUUCAGCUGCAGGAGUUCACACAGCUGGUUGUUGAGGGGAAUGACGGAG